AACUACCAGCUUUCUUCUACACAACGCAUACGGUGUCGCAUCUGUCGCCGUCUUAAUGGAACAUAAUAAUCACGGAUUCAUAGACUUUGGCCAUCUCCUGCAGAAUCUCGUCGGGGCGUUCAUUCCCCAAGUUCCCCAUGCGGGAGCGCAGAAUGAUCAGCCUGCACACGACAACCACGACGCCCAAGCAAUGCUUCCACAUGAGACCACGUCUGAUGCCGCCAACGCUACGACGCAGUCCUCCGACGUGGAAGAUCGGGAAAUGACGCCCAUCGAGGAGCUAGAAGCUGCCGCAUCUAGCACUUCCAACUCCCAGCCAGAGAUCGUUGAUCGAGAAAUGAUCCCCGCGGAGCCAGAGCUGGAUGGUCCUCCACCUUUAGAGCCUAUAGCUAAUCCGCAGACACAAGCGGAUGCCGCUGCCUCAGGAUCAGGCGAAUCACAAUCGCCUGAUCGCGCUACUUCCGAUUCAAGUAGCAUGCCCUCAUUACACUCUGUCUCCGACUCAUCCUCCGACACCAGUUCGGCUCGGGACGUCCGAGAAGUCGAGAUGAUGGAUGCCACACAGCCAGUCGACGACGACAACGAUAGCAAUUGGACGGACGUCUCAUCUGACAUGCCGCCACUUGAGCCUAUCACCCAACCGACCAGGGGACCCAACCGGCGGGUGAGGGUAGAGGAGGUCGAGGACGAUGAAGAUCGUCCACGAUCACGUCAACGUACAACAGGCCCUGCUGCAGCCAAUACAGAGCAGGGUACUGCAGGCGCUCAAGCUCCUCACGCACCUCAAGGGCACCCUGGAAUGGGGUUCGCAUUCACUAUCAAUCUAAACGGCGUCCCCAUGGCUCGACGGUUCGGAGCAGCUGAGCCACGGCCAGCUCAGGCAGCGGCACCCGACGCGCCCGCUGGCGGAAUCGCGAAUACCGAGCCUCCCGUACACCAGCCGCACAAUCCAUUCAAUCCCUUCGAGUUCUUCACUCUGCUGGGUGGGCCUGAUUUCAACGGAGCCGAAUUCCUCAAUCUUAUGGGUGGCAUACCCCCGGAACAAGAGCAGGAUGACCCUGAGCGCGCGAAGAAAUUGGUGGAUGGAAUGGAAGUUGUCCCGCCUGGUUUGGUGAAGAGGAUGGAGAGAGUGGGCGGAGCGCCUGGCGCGCACCUCGACGAUUCGAGUAGCGCGGAUGCCGGCGCUGACGUUCCUGGGUGUGCUAUUUGCUGGGAUAAAUUGCUGGACGAUGACGCUGAGAAGGAUAUCGCUCCACCUGGUGAGGGCGAGUCGGCAGCUUCGUCUGACAACAAGAUCGUUGCGUUGCCCUGCGCGCACGUCUUUCACGCUUCGUGUCUUAUCCCUUGGUUCUCUAGGCCGCGGCAUACGACCUGCCCAACGUGUCGAUUCAACGUUGAUCCUGACAACCUCACUUACCAACCUAGACCUCGUCGGCGGCAAGCGCCGGCCCCUGCAGAUAGUCUUGCUCAGCAGCCCGACGCGGCUGCAGCUGGUCCUGCACCCGCAACCGAGGCCCAACCCCAGCAAACUGUAACUGAGGCUAUUGCGCCCACCGCGGCCCCGAACCCACCUGUCGACUCGCAACCUCAACUUCAGGCACAACCUCAGCUGCAACCUGCUCAACCCCAAUUCACAGCGAAUGCUGAUCCUCAGGCAGCCAAUACCACUCCUAAUCCGCGUCCUGGCCCGCGUUUCUUCGUGCAACCCUUCGUCACUGUUGACUUCAACCUCGAGUUCGGGCCUGGCGGUCCUGCACCUGUUCCAGGAACUUUCCACAUUCAUCAUCAUCCCCCGACGCAGCCUACCGGUCGGGCUUCUCCACCGCCUGCCGCCGCAGGUAUUCCGCCGGUGCCGCCGCAACAGCCUCAGCCAGAGCAGGCGCAACCUCGGGCUCAGGAGCAGGGCCCCGCGGGUCCCCAGCCGCAGAUUGACACCGAUCAGGCAACAGCAUGGCUGCAGUGGAUGUUGGGCCAGACGCUGGGUGGGGUGCCUUUGCCGCGACCUCCAGCACAACCACAAGAACAACAGCCACGGCAGACGGGUGUCCCGCCUCAACCCCAGGCCCAGCAACCCCAAGGACCCCCACCGCAGCCUCAACCUCAACCUCGUGGGACGCCUUUCAUCCACGGUCCUCAUAUAUUCUUUGGUCCGCCACCGCCGUUCGACAUGGGCGCGGGCCCUCGACCCGCGCCAAGGCCGCGCGAGAAGAGGGAGUGGACGCCGCCGCCUCCACCGGGGCCUACAUUGCGCCAGCGGGUUGAGCAGAAGGAGCGGGAGGCUGGACUGCGUUGCGACGAUGUGAGCUGUGGGCUGGGACCGACGGACGAGGACCCGAUCCCAUGCGUGGACGUUGCGAGCUUGAAGCAGGUGCAUAUACGGCCUGCAGGGGUGAGGGACGAAGGCGCGCGGGUGUGCGCGCACAAGUUCCACCCGUCGUGUCUUGUGAGUGCGGAGAGGGUCGCGGGGUGGGGUAGAGAUGUCGAGGAGGAGAAGAUGGAGGAGGAGAAGUCGGAGGAGGAGGAAGUUGAGGUGUCGUGCCCGGUUUGUAGGGCUGUGGGAUGGAUUAGUGGUGCGGAGUGGGAGGAAGGUGUGAGGGCUUUGGCGUAGGCGUGCCCUCUUGCUCUCGUCGUUUUGCUAUCAAUUUGUAUUUAUUCUGUCGUUGGACCCCAUACCCUUGCAUGUUCUUGCUGCUCUAUUAUUUCCUCCGCUCACAUUCACGUCUUUCACGCAUGCACGCAUUGUUUCUUGGCCCCUGUGUAUUUUAUUUCCCUCCAACAUGAUUUAAUGGCGAAUUGGAAUGUAUUGUACAGUAGACAUAUAGUAUAGAACAUAAUGCAAGUAGC